GCGCGCCUUCGCCAUCUUGUCCACACACCCGGAGGCUUGUGGCUGUUGGGGCAACUGCGGGUGGAGCCGAAUUGCAUGGGGCGCAUUUGGGCGCCGCGRCCSGCCUGACGUCACGGCGUCGCACUGCACGGACUGCACCCAAUGGGGCCAGUGGGCGCCGGGGCAGAGGCGCGUGCGCCCCGCGCCCUCGAAGGCGCCCGAACGCGCGCGACGUCCGCCGCCGUCAGUACCGUGUUGAUAGCGUAGUAUAGCACGCGAUCGGGCUCGACAGCUUAUCCCGGUCACUGUUUACCUUUUAGUGUAGUCGUAGAUCAGGCAGUUUAAACAGUCGGUGUAAUGGAGGGCCAGAACCAGGAAAUGAUGGCAGGCGGAUCCCCAGCCGAGGUGCCGAACGAUCCAGGGAAAAUGUUCAUUGGCGGCCUCAGUUGGCAGACAAGUCCAGAAAGCCUGCGGGAAUACUUCAGCAAGUACGGCGACAUAUCCGAGGUGAUGGUGAUGAAGGAUCCGGCAACACGGCGAUCUAGCGGCAGCGUCUGCUUCGCUGCUGGCGCGCAGGACAGCGGCCCGCUGGUCUACACCCCCAGGGGAUUUGGAUUUAUCACGUUCACCGACCCCUCCAGUGUAGAUAAGGUCUUAGCGCAAGGAACUCACGAGCUCGACGGCAAAAAGAUUGACCCCAAAGUGGCGUUCCCGAGGCGAGCACACCCCAAGAUGGUGACUCGAACGAAAAAGAUCUUUGUGGGGGGCCUGUCGGCCCCCACUACUCUCGAGGACGUCAAGAGCUACUUCGAGCAGUUCGGACCGAUCGAGGACGCCAUGCUGAUGUUCGACAAACAAACGAAUCGACACAGAGGUUUCGGCUUCGUGACGUUCCAGAGCGAGGACGUCGUCGACAAAGUGUGCGAGAUCCACUUCCACGAGAUCAACAACAAAAUGAUUUUAUGUGGUCGUUGGGCGCUCUUCCAGACGGUUUUCCGGCAGCCGCUUACGCAGCAUACGCGGCGGGGCGUGGCUACUCGGGCUACCCUAGUUUCGGACUGCCCUAUCCCACAGUCGACCUAACCAACGGCCAAUUGACGCCCAACAAUAACACGCCGCUACUGACGCAGGCGCUUUCAGUGAUGAACAACUACCAGGCGGCGGCCGCCCAGGGCUUCGGACCGCCCGCGUCGCCCCAUGCAGCGGCCGCCCAGAGCGCCCAACGAGCCGCCUUUCCGGCCGCCUCCAGCCCCGGCCCCGCCCUCGACAUGUACAACAGCUCGGGGGGCGGGCCUGGGGACAGUGUGGGGUACGUGCAGGCGGCCAGUCCGCAGCCGUCCAGCUUUCCGGCCAUUGCGGUAAGCCGCGCGCCCCUGAACUACAGCCCGGUGAGUUAUAAAUUGCAGACCAUACCGAGCGACGGCAAGCUGGCAACAGUGUCACUUUAUACGACAACUAAUGCAGUUUCACCGUACAUUCACUACUAAACGAAACGAUUUGAAAAAAAAACACGCAAAACAUGUAGGCAACCGUCCUGGCGCAGAGCUGCCGUGUUUUGCGUGCGCAUCUCUGGGCCAGCGCCAUCUAGCGGCUGGCAUGCUGCGACCCCUUCCCAACUUCCCCUAAAUUUUAGCCCCAUCUAGCGGUCGCAGCCACAAUCCAAAACCUGCACUUGUACAUUCACUUUAUAUUCUGUAUGAUAUAUUUAUAUUGAGCACCCGCCGAGCGGUUUACCACUUGUUGUUGUAUAUGUUUGGUGUUUGAGAUGAUUUUUAGCUCCCCGAUCGGGUCGCAGGGCGGCUGUCGAGGCAACGUUUCCACAGCUGUCGCGCCGGCCAUCUUCACUCUCACUCUCUCUCUCUCUCCAUCCCCUCCCCACCAAACACAAGCACUAUUGGUUGACACUUUGCGUUUCUAUGAAUUACAUAUGAUAUAUUACAGGGUAUCUCGAUAGGAUACAUUAUCCUCACAUAUGAUUCUAGUUAAGUACCAAUGCCGGUUGGUUAUCUUCAAAUACAUAGUCUCUUUUUGCUUUCCCUGUACAUAAUUUACAUUGUUGUCACUGUGCCGGACCAGACAGAUUGACGCCGCGAUUUUAGACCCUGUUUCGACAGCAUUUUAUCGUGCGACAGCAUCGCUUCGCGUUAGAUCCCAACCUAGUGCUUGAUACGAUAAAACCAAAUUUCCCUACUUUCCAAGCCUUUAGACCACGUAGAUGUUUUAAUGACGAGAGUUUUAGCGCGUGCGCCCGGGGAGCAGGCGACGUUUCGUCCGGCGGCCAUCAUCAAAUCAAACUCCUCCCCCGGGCGGCAUCGGCUUGUUGUUCUGUAUGGCCCGCUUUUAGACCACCCCCGAUGUCCCCCACCUUUCUCCUGUCCCCCCCCCCACUCCUUUUUAGUAUUUCCGCCUAGAUCUGAAUGCGUUUAGAAUGGGCACAAUGAGUUUCAAAUUAUAUACAUAUAUAUAUAUAUGAAUGUUUCUUGUUAUUAUGUGAAUAUUCUAUGGAGUCACGGGGAGCGGGUGGGGGGCAACGUAGGGGAACCCAUAGAUAAGUCUCUGUCUCCGUCUUUGUCUCCCGCUGCGCCCCCACUUCCAUAUGUGUUGUUUUCCUUUUUUAGUGGUAGGUAUUCACUUGUUUUAGCCGGUGUAGGCUUGUUAAUAUUAAUAUAUUAUUAAUUAUCAUAGUA